AAUAUAGAUAACAAAAACCAAAUAUUUAACUUCAUAUUUAAUUUCUAUUUUCUACUCUAAACGGUCAUGUUAGUGAGUGGUAAGCACAAACGAAACAAAACCAAGAAAGAAGCUUUAUCAGCUACCUGUCCCUGCUAGAAUAAUAUUUAUUGUAACCAUUACCACCUGUCAUAUUAUGUCGAGCCAAAACAAAUAUGGACUUAUUUUACGUGACAAGUCUAAAUCGCAAGUCGCUUUCAAAGCUUCACACAAUGUCUUUGGAAAUGAUUCAGAAUCAGAUGAUGAUACAGGAAAGAAACCUGUUCUUUUGCAACCAAGUGCUAAUAUAAAUAGACAGUCCAAAAUUUCACAAGAAAAAGCAAUUAUAGAUGACCCAACAGUUUAUCAAUAUGAUGAGAUUUUUGAUUCUAUGACCAAAGAGAAAGAAAGCAAAAGAGAAAAGAAAAAAGAUGAAAAGAAGCCAAAGUAUAUUGAAAAUUUGAUAAAAACAGCUAAUAAACGAAAAUUAGAAAAUGAGCGUAGGGUUGAAAGACAGGUGCAAAAAGAAAGGGAAAAGGAAGGUAAUGAGUUUGCAGACAAAGAAGUUUUUGUUACUUCAGCUUACAAGAAAAAAUUAGAAGAGAUUCGCCAAGAAGAAGAAAAAGAAAAAAGGGAAGAAUAUUUAGAAAAUAUAGGAGAUGUAACCAAGCAGAGGGAUUUAGGUGGAUUUUAUCGACAUUUAUAUGAACAGAAGCUAGGAUCAGAUAAGACGCCUAAAAGCAUACAAAACGCAAAAGAUAAAACAUCUGAAAAUCAAGAAGAAAUUGAAACCGUUGAAGAUAAACCAGAUGAGGUUUCUACAAAGUCAAAAGAAAGUAAACAAAGAAAUUACAGGAAGCGCAACUUUUCAAGUGAUAAAAAAUUGUCUGAAGGGGAAAUCGAAGAUUCUGAAAAUGAAAUUAAUUUCUCUAAUCUUGAUGACAUCAAAAAGUUCAAAAAAUCUAAACUAACAAAUAUUGAUGCUGAUUCUGACUUUUCCAUUGACGAGUCGAGUGAUGAAGAAGACAGUGAGGCAAAGAAGGAUGCUACAAGUGAAAGUAUAAAAGCUGUAAAGACUGAUGAAAAAGUCACUAAUGAAACUGAUACCAUAACAACAGAAGAAGUGCCGACUAGUAAAAAUAAGGAAUUAGAAGAACCAAAAGUUAAAGUAGAUAUUUGGAAAAAAAGAACUGUGGGGGAAGUAUUUGAUCAAGCUCUAAAGAGAUACUAUGAAAGGAAAGCUUCUCGCGGGAUUUAGUAUGAACUAGUGUAACAAUGAUAUAAUAAAGGUUGUAAUUUGCAGAUUUGA